AUGCUCUUCCUGGACUACAGCUCUGCUUUCAACACCAUCCGCCCGGGCAAGCUAAUCAGGAAUCUGCCAGACCCUAACAUCCCGACUCCCACCUACAACUGGAUUCUGAAAUUUUUGACAGACAGACCACAGGCAUUGAGAAUGGGAGGAUGCACGUCUGCUGAGCUCACCAUCAGCCCUGGAUCACCACAGGGCUGCUGUCUCAGCGGCAUGAUGGUGAAUGUAACAGAACCCUUACCACAACUCACCAAAGAGGACAUCAAGGGAAUACAGAAGGAAGCAGGAGGAUGCAAAGACUGCAGGUUUGUGUGUCUCCUGUUGAAGUUCCCCUCGCUGGUCUUCAUGUUCCGCGUUUCCCUGUCUCAGUCGUCAGUGCUGCCCUUGGGUCCACACUCUCCCCACGUCUGCAUCACCAACAUUGACGACCCACUCCAUCCACUCAGACUUUCUUCUCCACCCCCAACUGCAACCGCUUACCUUCCUAGCCCACCAGCCCCGCCUUCGAGGAGGAGGCAGCGCCCCCCCACGACUUCAGAGCAGUCAGCUGUGUAUGCAUGCCUGGACCCAGGGGUUAGCAGAGAUGACCUUUGUGCAAGGGCAACGGGACUGUUGGUACGACAGGUGCAGCUGAAGAGAGGGUUGGCUGCUCGUAGAUGCGACUGA